GGGGGGGUGUUAAGGUCACGCCUCUGGCCUAAAAAGGCGAAGCAGGACUCCGGUGGCAGUGAGCUGCUCUAAGAAUAACUCUGGGCUCGAGGCUCAGAAACAUGGACCUGAUCAGAUUCAGAGCUUCAAUUAAAAGUUGCCUAUUACGAUUCAACGAAUCACGCGUCAGAAGGAUUCGAUGCUCUGAGUGUUAGGUCGUUUAGGCCCUGGUUGUUACUCCUGCUUUCAGCAGCACCACUGGCUGUUGGGGUAAAGUUACUUGCUGCGUUCUCAGCCCCGGCUCCUCGUUCCCUGCCUUGGUCCGUCCAUUAGUGAGGCUAAUUCUGUCAGAGCCUGUUGCAGGGAGGGGUGGGCUGCUCCCUCUGCACCCACAGCCCCACGCAGCCAAAGGGCAGUGACGCUGGCCGGCUAAACUUGGUCUCUGUCCGUCUCGUCGUCUUCGUUCACUGGGGCAGAAAUCCACAUUCUGUCUGGACCCACCGACUCUGAAAGAAGAAAGGAACGUGCAGAAUUCAAUCAUCAGAAUGGAAUAAGAGGGGUAGUUUUACUGGAGGUGAACAGAAACAGAAGAACGUUUGGGUUUUCCACUUCUCUAAACUGUCGCUACUGGAUCAGAGUUAAACCUGAAUGAAGUUGUGCAGAGGAACCGUGGAUCUGUCGUCAUCACUUCCUUUAAUGGACACAUUCUCACUGAGGAAUAAUCCUGGGAACUGAACUUUUAUUUUGAAAGCAUGGCUGAAACAACUGAAGUGCGCUCGCUGACCACAACCAUGGUCAUCGACGGUAAGAACGGAGACGCCAGGUCUCUGCCGGCCCGGUCCUCCAAGAAGACCUUCACAGACGACCUCUACUCGACCUUCAGCUCCCCGCUGGCCUGGAUCUUAGUUCUGGCCCUCAUCGUUACCUGGUCCUUCGUUUUCGUCAUCAUGUUCGAUCUGACAGACUACAAGACUGUCUCAGGUCACCCACCUUCAGGCGUCAGGAAGGUUUUAAAGGAAUCAGGGCGUAGAGGAGGCAUCAGCAAGAUCAGCUCAGAUCCCAUGAAAGCCAUGAACGAUGCCGUGGAGGAGUCAGCAAACGUGAUCAGCGUUAUAGCAAAAUAUGCUGCCAACCUCAUCGCUCCUGCAGAAGACGAAGGAAAUCUAUACGCAGUGAGGAAAAAAGGAGAGUUUCUGCCGCCACGAAGUAAAGUUAUAGAGAUGCAAGCAAAGAAAAAAACACCAGCAAUUGAAGUUGUGGAGGAUGAAGAUGACGGAGAGAAGGAUGAUGAAAUGGAGGAUGCUGUAGAGAUGGAGGACGAAAUUGCAGAAGACGAGGAGGAGUAUGAAGAAGAAGAGGAGUAUGAGGAGGAAGCUGAGGAGGAGGAGGAGUAUGAAGAAGAAGAAGAGUAUGAGGACGAAGCUGAGGAGGAGGAGUAUGAAGAGGAGGAGUAUGACGAAGAAGCUGAGGAAGAGGAGUAUGAGGAGGAAGCUGAGGAGGAGGAGUAUGAUGAAGAAGCUGAGGAGGACAAAGGUGAGGAGGAGGAGGUUGAGGAGGAAGCUGAGGAGGAGGAGUAUGUGGAGGAAGAUGAGGAGGAGGAAGGAGAGGGGGAGGGGGAGGAAGCUGUGGAAGUUGGGGAGGCAGAGGAGGAGGGGGAAGGAGUGGAACAGGAGGAUGAAGAAACUGUGGAGGAAAAAUCUCUGGAGGAAGAGGAGGAGGAUGAGGAGGUUAUGGUAGAUGAUGAGGAGGAGCAUCUGGGGAAAGCAGAAGAGAGCGAUGACGAUGUUGAAGAUGAAGGAGAGGAUGACGUUUCUCCUGAACCUACUUCCACUUCUGAAGAUGAGAAGGCAGUUGUGAGUCCUGAUUCUGAGUCUGAUGCACCGGUUGGCAUCAAAGACAGUGAUGAAGACGAGUUUGUAACAGGAGAAGAGGAAUCCAGUGAUGGUGUUUAUAGCGACACCUCAGACAUCAGUGAAUCUCAGCUUCUCUCCAGCGAUGAGGCAGAAGAGAAAGAGGAUGAAGAGGAUGACGAAGAUGAUAAAUUAGCUGAUAUCACAACAUCCGACAGUGAUGAUGUCAUUGCAGAAGACAGUGAUGAUGAUCUGGAGGUUGAUCUUCCUCCUUUUCGUGCUGCCAGUGAAGAUGAUGAGGAUCAUCAUAAACUUGCUGAGGAGAAAGACGACAUUAAAGCCGAUAAAGAUGAAGAUGAAGAUGAGGAUGAUUUGGACCAAUCAGAUGAAGACAUCUCUGUUGCCUCUUCUGAGCACUUUGCAGAUGAUGAAGAUGAUGAUGAAGAUGAUGACUUUAAGGAUGAAGACCUUGAUGAAGAAAUUCACACUGAGGUAGAUGAUGGCACAAAGAAACAUGAAGAUGUCACCCAUGAAGGUGAUGAUGACGAAAAGGAGGAGGAAGAAGAGGUCCCACCCCUGGACAUUACAGACAGUGGAGUCCUAGGUGAUGAGGAUGAUGAUGAUGGUGAUGAUGAUGAAGAGUCUGCUGGAGAAUCUAUGUUUAGUGAUGAUGAAAAAGAUCUUAAAGAUGUAACCACAUCAGAUUCCUUAGCUAGCGAGGAAGGUGAAGAGGAGGGUGACGAAGAUGAGGAAGAGGAUGAUGAUGGUGGCGUUGACCUCCUGCUUGCAGCUGCCACUGCAGCAGCGUUCACUGUCCAGGAGGAGGCAGUAGAGACAGAGGCACAAGAAGACGAUGAAGAUGAGGACGUCAGUGAGGCUGGUGAUGAAGACAAGACUGAGGAGGCUGAUGAAGACACUGUCACUAGACAGCGGUUUGGUCCUGAGGAUGAUGAUGAGGAAGCACAUGAGAAACCCAAAGCCAAACUCCAGAAAUCUGUAGACGAACCUGAGGAUAAAAAAGAGGAGGAAGAUGAAGAGGAUGAGGAGGAGAAGGCAACAGUCGACGUGACAAAACCUGUUCCUGAAGCCGAGGACGAACCAGCUGUGUGUCCAUGUAUGAAAUCUGCCAAAGCCAAAGAGUCUGUGACCAAGACUGAAAAGAAAAAAGAAGCUCCCAGGAAGGUUUCCGCUGUGAGGAAAAGAAGAGAGCGAGAAGCUGUGAAGACAGAGGAGAAACCAAAGAGGAAAGCGCUUCCCAGGAUUGCAGCACUGGACACAAAAAUCAGGAGGGUCAGAAGAUUCCCUGCUUUUCUGAAAGUACAAGAAAAAAACAAGAAGCAGGAGAAGAGCAAAACUUCCAAAGAAGUUAGAAAAGAGAUAAAGACCAAAAAACAAGAGGAGGCUCCAGUGACUGGACAAGAAGUUGGGCCCUGCAGACCUGCCCCGGUCUACUGUCCAUCUCCUCCUGGAUGGUACGUUCAUCACAUUGUCACAGACAAUCCAUACCCGCCUCCAACCAUGUCAGCUCCGUCUGCCCCGGUUCUGACUGCCCAUCCAGUCCAACCGGGACCUCCCCCCAUGCAGCCUUUUUAUCAGCAAGUGCCUCCAGCGAUGCAGCCCCUCUACUCACAGUAUCAACCGUAUCCACCACCAGCGCAGCCCGUGCAGGCUCAGGCAGAACCACCGCAGCCAGCCCAGCCUGAGGAACCGCUCCAUCCCAUAGAAACCCCAGACCACGAGGCUUCAGAGCAGCCCGACAUCCAGGCUCCAGCAGACAAAGCUCAGCUGGUCCAGGACACUGUUGAGAAGGAAGUGAAGGCUGAAUCGCUCAAGCAGGAAACGGCAAAAACAAAGGCUGACGAGUCCCACAAAGAGCCAGAAGCAGCCAAGGAGAAAACAAAGAAAGAUGAUGCUGUUUCAAAAGGCAAAAGCAAAACAGGCACGACUAAAAAAGAGCCAGCGACAAAGAGAGAAGCAAGCCGACCUACAGCGGCUAAAAAAGAGGAACCUACUAAAGCAAAAAGCAGAAGAGCUGCAGCUGCCAAGACAGCACCCGCGGCUGCAAGGCAGAAAAGGAAGGAGGCGUCACCCGUCAGGAGCAAAGCCAAGUCCUCCACGGUGAAGAAAGAAAAAGACUCUGAACCACAUCCACAGCCGGUCAGACUGAGGCCCAGACUGGAAGUCAGGAGGGCGAAUGUGACUCAAGCAAAAGAGGAGAAGCCUCCCAGAUCUAUGUCUGAAGCAGUCAGAACAAGACCAAAAACACUGGCAGAUAUAAAAAGCGAAGCUGAAAAGGCGGAAAAGAAAUCUGUGGCGGUGACUCAAGAUAAAGGGAAACCACCAGCAAAAGCCAAGGAGUCACAGACUGAAGACAAUAUUACAGAAAAGAAGAAACCAGGCCAAAGAUACUUCCAGUGUGUUUAUGUCCCUGGCAAACAUGCCCAGUACCCCCUAAGGCCUUUCACCCCCGUCAUGUCCCCCACCGUCAUGUCCCCUGCUCUCAGGUCGAUGCUGGAGCAGAGAGCAGCCAGGGCAUCGGGGCAGUAGGACAAGCUGCACCUCUGACUCCUCAGUCCAGCAGGGGAGCAGUUUCAAUGUGCGGCACUUGCUUCUUUUGCCUCGAACAGAUAAACGUGGACUGAACUAUUGUC